GCCGGGCCGGGCCCGGGGGAACGGGGGGGUCACGGUCCGGCGGGAAUGGGGAGGUCACGGUCCCGCGCAGAGCUGGGAAUUGCUGGAGCUUUAAUAAAUCCUCAUCUCGGGGGUCCAGCGCGCAGGAUCGCCCUCCCCCUCCGCGCCUCCGCCCCUGCCGUCCUCCCCCUCCCCGGCGCUGACUCAUCUGCCACCAUCAUCAUCAUCAUCGUCGCCAUCCUCCCCCCACGAGGAAGGGCAGCUCGAGGGGCUGCAUUGCAGACAAAAGGCAGCAGAGCCGCAGCUCCGGCACAAAGCACCGAGCUCCGCUCAGCGCUCCGCAGCCCCAAAAUGCUGGACACCAUCAGCAGCCAGUACGACUCCUUCAUCUACUGGAGGAUGCCGAUCCCGCGGCUGGACACGGCCGAGCUGGAGGGGCUGGGGCUCGCAGACAUGGCUCUCUACAAGCCCAAGGCGGGGCUGGGCAAGCUGGGCGAGCGGGGCAGCCAGGACCCCUCCCAGGAAGAGGACAGCCUGCUGCAGUUCAACAGCUUCAACUUCUGGCGAGCCCCCAUCGCCAGCAUCAGCUCCUUCGAUUUCGAUUUCAUCUGAAGCCCCUCCUCACCCUCCCCCUGCUCUCUCUCUUUCUGCCAGGAUUUGGUUUUGUUGUCAGUUUUGGAGGCUGUUUGGUUUAUUUUUUUUUUUGGUUUCCGGUCAGUUUUGCCAUGGCUAGUUCGCUCAGCAGUUCAGCACGGGCUCCCCAAAAAUCUCCACCCUGUCCCCCUUUUCUGGAAUCACAACGGUGCAAGUGGGGGGCAAAAACGAGGGGAGGGGCAGAAACAACCCCCUCCAUUGCCCCUCUCCGUUUCCAGAGGAUUUGGGAGGUGCCACCCCCUGUGCCAGUGACAAUUUCUCAGCUCAUUUCUCACGUGCUUUUUAAAGAAACUCGUUUGUGCAAUCGGGUCGCUGGAGGAGCAAUGGGAAUCGCCCUCGUUUGGAAGAAAGCAUCCACCCUCUGGCCCAAUUUACCAAAAAUCUGCCUCGUCCCUUCCCCCUUCCCCUCGGGAAUGCAAGGUGGAAGAGGCAGGGAUGUGCCCAAGGUACCAGCACAAACCUUCCUCUUGAGAAAAACAAUCACUUUGAGCCUUGUGCUAUGAGCCCAGGCAGAAAAAAACGAUGUGCAGGAGUGUAAAUAGACAUGGAAAUGCUCUCACCUUGCUUGGUGGGGUCAAGGCUGGGGGAUUAUUGCCUCAAAUUUGAUUUUUUCAUCCUUUUUUUUUGUGCCCCACGAGACGCUGGAUACAUCGUGGGGUCUGGAAGGGGCAGAGCUGAAAGAUGGAGAAUUUAGUUUGAUCUUACCCCCAAAUGAAAACAUUCCAGGUUUUCCACCCACUUAAUCAAUCCUUUUAAAAACAACAACAAAUGCUGCAUUCAUUCAAGUGGAAGCCUUGAGUUUUCUCCGGGGAGAUUUUCACCUGCUGAGGUUUAUUUCUGAGCAUCAUCUCAAAAUGGAGGGGGGGAAAAAACCCCAACCUGGAAUCAUUUUUAGCUUUUAAACAGGUUUUUUGCUCUCCCCAAGAUUGUUUUCUGGCGUUGGUUUGCCUUCUCGAAUGUGCUUUUUUUGGGUUUGGUUGGGAUGAAGUGAUGUGGAGCAUCCCAAAAUCAUCCUGAGAGCUGGGGGCUAUAUGGCUGGGGCAGCACUUAAAAAGUGCCAGAAAUAGGCAAAAAAAAAAAAAAAAAACAGAAAAAAUCUGCAUUCUGCUAUGAAAAUCAGAUGCAGCUAUUCCUGUAAUCUCCAGAAAUAAUCAAAUGUGCUGAUUUCGAACCAUCUGUGUAAAACCAGAGGUGAAAAAUGUAAACUCUCCUCUGCAGAGCUGUUUGUGUUCUCGACUAUGAAAACCUGCAGAAGUAUUUAUUAUGAAACUUUAAAUAAAAUCAGUUAAAAGACACACACAUUCCUGU